AUGGAACAGGACAAUCAAUCGAUCCACUCCCAGGAACACCAGCAGCCACCCGCAUUGGAAUCGUCAAAGGAUUCUUCUUCUGGUUCACCAUCACAACAACAGCAAUCUGUUGAGGCUAGUCAGCAAGUAGCCACGAGUACUUCAGGAGAAGAAACGACCAUGCAACAAACGGCAACCACGCCAGCGACAACGAGUGCACCGCAACCAACAACAACAGCAACCACCCAAGAGCUCAACAUGACUGCUGCCCAACUCCAACAAGUAACAGCAGCUCAAGCACAAGCUAUCGCUCAAGCAGCCGCUGCUGCCAUGGCAGCCACCAAUAGCAGUAGUUUGUUUGCGACAUCAGCAGCACCCUCCAUGCCCAAUAACGUUGCUGUAAUGAAUGAUGGAUUAUCCUCAGUUUCGCAUUUGACAGCAGAGAUGCUUAAACGAGAACUUAUCAAUCAAAAGGUACGCGCUGACAAUCGCGAACGUAAAAAGAGAUGGCGGGCAUUAAAUGAAGAACGCAACAAGGAUAAUGAUCUAAGAUGUCGAGUGAACAAACGAGCGCACAAGUUGUAUGGCAAAGAAGACACUGAAGCGAAACGACAAUGGGUGGAAGAGGAAUUUGCCAAGAGGAAACAAAAGCGAAAGGAGAAAGAGCGACGUAAGAAUGUGAUGGAUGGUGCUGUUGGAUCUACCGCGUCCUCAUCCAUGGAUUAUGAACCAACAUCAGCAGCAGCAUCUCAACAAGCUUCUCCUCAAGCAGCAGUAGUACAACCACCUCAACUUCAUGACAAACAACAACAACCACCACCACAACAGCCAUCACAACCAGGUCAACCUGAUAUUGCCAAUAUAGCAUUGCUAUGCCAACAACUUGGUAUUCUUCCACAAUCUUUUACGGGUGAUCUUACCAGUAACACCACGACAACAACAUCUUCAUCAACGUCUCCACCUUCUUCAUCAUCAGCAGCAGUGCCAUUUGGUGCUGCUCGGUUAUUGGGUGUCACUGCAAGACCAGAACAUGAACAACAACAACAACAACAAACGACAACCGAGGGUGAUCAUCAGCAAUCAUCCAUAUCAUUGAUUGAAUUCCUUCAACAAUUCCAACAACAAGCGAGUACUACUUCAUCACCAUUACCCACAUCAUCAUCUUCUUCCACCACCGAAGUAAAAGAAGAAAGACCUGAAGAUAGGCUGGCAGCAUUAUUAAGUAGCACCAUUGGUUCAUCAGCAGCGGCAGCAGCGGCAUCAGCCUUGGCAUCGACUACUGCAUCCACCUCAUCCUCAUCCUCUUCUUCUAAUCAUACCGCCACCAACGCCCUUGCAACACCCUCCUCCACUACUACCACAACAACAACAACAACUCCUGCUACUACUACCACUACCAACAACAACAACGACUCCUCCUCACCCAUCAAACAAGAACCACAAGAUGAUGAGGAUCCUAAUAUCAAGCAAGAAAAGCAAGAAUCAGGGGAUCACGAAGAUCAACAACAACAACAACAACGGCCACAAGGAAGCGGUGAUUUCCCCAUGGAAGCUGUAUUAACGUUGAUGCAAUUGAAUGCUGGUUGGCGACAGUAA